GCCCGGAUGCUGAGGCGCGCAGACGGAGUGCGGGCCGGCGCGGAGGCGGAGCUGACCUCGCUCGUCUCUCCUUUUUUUUCUUUCCCCUUGAGGAGCCGGUGGCGGCGGCUGAGGAGGCGAAGGGGGCUGAGGCGGGCGAUGGCGGCGAGGGCCCUGAGCGCCUGAGGGAGAGAGCGCGAGAGGCUCCCCUCAGAGAGCGCGGCGCCUUUACCGGCAAAGGGGGCCCCCCCACCCACUCUGGCGGGGGCUGGGGGGCGCCGCCCGGGACUAGGCCGCGGAGGAGGGGGCUUCCCGCCGGAGGAGCAGGGGGGCGCCAUGGGGGCUUCGGCCCGGCCUUGAGAGACCCCCCCCUCCUCCAAGACCCCCCCUCCCUCUCCCCCCUCCCUUCCUGCCCCCCCUUGGGGGGGUCUCCCUCCCCCCCUCCCCCCCCGCCCCCCCAGGAUGUUCUCGGUGCUGUCCUACGGGCGCCUGGUGGCCCGGGCCGUCCUGGGCGGCCUCUCUCAGACGGACUCCCGCGACUACAGCCUGGUGACGGCCAGCUGCGGCUUCGGCAAGGACUUCCGCAAGGGCAUCCUGAAGAAGGGCAUGUGCUACGGCGACGACGCCUGCUUCGUGGCCCGGCACCGCUCGGCCGAUGUGCUGGGGGUGGCAGACGGCGUCGGAGGCUGGCGAGACUACGGUGUCGACCCCUCUCAGUUCUCAGGGACCCUGAUGCGCACUUGCGAACGCUUGGUCAAGGAAGGACGGUUUGUGCCCAGCCACCCGGUGGGCAUCCUCACCACAAGCUACUGUGAGCUGCUGCAGCACAAAGCCCCCCUGCUCGGGAGCAGCACCGCCUGCAUUGUUGUCCUGGAUCGGACUACUCGGCGCCUGCACACGGCCAAUCUAGGCGAUUCGGGCUUCUUGGUGGUCCGGGGGGGCCGGGUGGUGCACCGCUCCGACGAGCAGCAGCACUAUUUCAAUACUCCGUUCCAGCUCUCGAUAGCGCCGCCCGAAGCCGAGGGAGUCGUCUUCAGCGACAGCCCGGAUGCUGCCGACAGCACCACUUUUGACGUUCAGCUGGGAGACAUCAUCCUGACCGCCACAGACGGGCUCUUCGACAACAUGCCCGACUACAUGAUCCUCCAGGAGCUGAAGAAACUGAAGAACUCGAAUUACGAAAGCAUCCAGCAGACGGCGAGCAGCAUUGCCGAGCAAGCGCACCAGCUGGCCUACGACCCAAAUUAUAUGUCUCCCUUUGCACAGUUCGCGUGUGACAAUGGACUGAAUGUAAGAGGUGGGAAACCUGAUGACAUCACUGUUCUUCUCUCUAUAGUAGCUGAAUACACAGACUGACCAGCUGUGACACUCAAGCUUUUAAAGACUGGUUAUGUCUCCAGAUGUUCUCCGCUUCACACGUACUAUUUUCCUGCGGGCAGGAAGUCUCUCUCUCUCUCUCUCUCUGCAUCUGACCUCAGUGGCUAAACACACCUUACGUCCAUUGCCUGUUUUAAGAUGCAGCCAAGACCCCCCGGCCCAAAACCUCAGCUGGAGGACACCUGGGGGACACCUCCAAGCAAGAAAUGAAGAAUUUUUCAAUACUUGAAGCCUGUCUUUCAAAAUUGACUCGGAGCUAUUGCGUAGAAAGCAGCGUGGCGGGGAGGGGAGGGGAGGGAGGGGCUGAAGGGGGAAUAACCUUUACUUAUGGCUCUGAAGAAAAGGGCGAGCAAACAAGGACGUCAAAUUGGCUUUGCGUAGUUUAAAACUAAUUCUGGGGAAGGGGUCUUGUUUGUUUGUUCCAAAUCAGCAAACGGAACCUGAACAGGUAUUGCUGGGGAGGGCGGGAGGGGGAAAGCCCAUUUCUCAUCGUUGGAAGCUCAGUAGGUCCCGUCUCCUGGCUUAACAUGUUGGAAAACGUAUGUUUGUAGCCGAAUUCUCCACGGGCUUUCCAAGUGCAGCCUUUUCGUCUCCACGGGCUUUCCAAGUGCAGCCUAUACGUUUCGAACCUGGGCGACUUGAAGGUGCGCUGGCUGGGGAAUUCUGGGAGUUGAAGUCCGCCCAUCUUCCAAGUUGCAAAAAAAAUCGGUCUGCACGGUAUUAGCCAGGGGUCUUCGUCACUCAGUUUGGAACGCACAACUCGUCUCGAAUUGUGGCGCGCAUGUGUGAAAGGAGUGUUUGUGAAAGGUGCUAAACUGUUAACAACCAGUGGAACGGGGCCCAUUUGGUAGCUGGAUAUUUUCUGCCCGACCACCGCCUAACGCUUUGGGGGCAGAAAAAUCUCAAAGAGGUCGAGGGAGGCUGAGCACCGGUGAAAGGUUUGCGCAUAGGAUUCCCUGAGAAAGUACAUGUUUACAGGGCUCUAGUUGCUAAUUGGCGAUAUUGUGAUUUUUUUCCUCCCUUUUUGCAUCGACACACAACUCAGUGCAAUUUCUCAGUAGCUAUUAAGUUCCCCUACCCCGUUUUUCUAAAGCUGUUUUUAUUUAUACAUAACGCCUAGAGGGAUGUAUAAAACUCUCGGUCAGUUUUUUCAUAAAUUUUGUUGUUGGUGGUGUUUAUUGCCAGUAGGAGAAACAAAAAGUCCUUCGCAACGAAAAAGCCAUGUUUUAUACAGCAAGUUGGGGUCACGUUGAUGUUUAGUUGAUAAUCUUGGCGAGUAAAAGCAACCGUCCUUUUUUUUUUUUCUUUAAAAGAAAAACUCACAACAAAGGGGUGUGUGUGUGUGUGUGUGUUGUUUUUUUUUACUGCCAGGUUUAUUCCUGUUAAAAUUGUACGUUUUGAGGUUACCUCAGCCUGUUUUAAAAAUUAUUUUUUUUGGUGGCUGUAACUAUACAUUUGCAUAAUUGUGUCCGGCUUUUAUUUAUAAUUUUAACAUGUACCGUGUACAUGUGGGUUCGUUUCGAUGCGUCCUGCUUUCUAACAGGCAUUUCAGUUGUGACGAUAGGGGGCAAAAUAAUAAUAAUAAUAAUUCAUUUUUUAGAAGCUGUUCCGACCGACGUUUCCAAGUUUUCUUUUAGAAAUCACCUUCGUUUUUCUUUCGUCCAGAUUGCCUUAACAACGUAGCUUGACGAAACUGAUCGGUUUUGGGGGGUACGGAUACAGGGUGGCGUACAGUGGAUGGAUGAAAAUUGCACCAUAUUAAAAAAAAAAAACCAAACCCACUUAGGCCCAUUAUAAUGUUGUACAAACCAUUUCAAGCCCCUUCCCCUCAUCCUGGCGCUGACCCAGCUGGGCCUAAGUACCUUGGGCUAGAAAUUGUAUAUUAAUAGGUCUUUUAUGCAGCCCCUUCGUCCCCGCUUCGUGGGAGGGGUAGGCCAGCUCUUAAUUGGGAAUUCGCCUCUCGCUGGUUGCCAUCUCUUUACUUUUGAGCAACCCCUGAGGGAGCUACUGUCGUCCCCCCCGUUUCCCCCACUGUCCUGGGUCUCUUAGAGAUCAAGCAGGGGUCAUAUUCUCGCCGCCGCCUUCUGCAACACGGUCGGCUGACGAUGGAGGGGAAGGUGCUUUAAAACGCCGUGGCGGAACCUUGCCGGCUUUUAAGGCCGGUGGACUUUGCCCCCCCCCCCCCCCCCGAAUUGCCCUGCCAGCUGCGGGGGGAAUUCUGGGAGUUGAAGUUCACCCGUCUUAAAAGCCGCCAAGGUGGUUGAGCAAACACGGCUUUUAGAAGUAGCGAUGGGGUUCGUAAGCCUUGGCGGCUUUAUCCUUGGCGUUGUUUCAUUUUAAAGCAAUUUCUACUCUUAGCCGUUAUCUGUGAAGCCAUUUGUUCCUUAGGACCGUUUUUUGUUUUUAUUUUAUUUUUAUAAAGCCAUAGUCAAAUUGAAGUUUUUUAAAACUUGCAUCCAUCCCCCCCACCCCUUCCCUCCCCCUUGGGACAACACCAAAGACCCCCUGAGGAGUUUAUAGCUUUUUCCGGCCAUCUGUGUUUUUAAAAGCAAUACUGUAUUAUACACAAAUUCUAUUGCAUGCUCAAGGCCUCCCCUGGGCCCACCACCCCUUCCCCUAUUUUAAAGAUAAGCCUUUAAUCCUAACAGACCCCGAUUUCUUCCCUAGGAACUUAAAAAGCUGUCUGCGCACAAGAAUUUUAUUUUUUUACAAAAAAAGGGAAAAAAAAGACCCAUAAAGGAACGGAUGGGAGCCUUCGCGCCAACCCUCCCAAGCCGUGCCUGCUUCUGCUCGGUGUCAUGAUCCGGGGUUAGGAAUGGGCACAUUCCAUUUUCCUUUCUGCUCUUAAAAUUGGGGGUACCUUGACGGAGGAGAGCUGGACCCCAGCCUGCUUUGGGGAGGGGGAGGCAUGGGUGAGGAAACCCCCCUCCCCCCAUUCAUUGGAGCAGCUCCAGCGUCUGACUUCUGAAAAUGCCUGCUGUUGGGUUUUUCAGGUGUAGGAGGGGGCUCUGCUGCUCUUAUUGAGGAGGGGGCUUGCAGUGGGACCCAGAGCUGCCUUGAGAGAGAAGCAAACGCCGAUUUCUCGAGGGUGGGGUGGGCAAAGGUUUUCCCAGCCCUCCCCUUCUCUGUAGCACCUCUGUCCUCUUAAGUCUGCUGCAUCCCCAAAGUUGGGGAUGGGGUCUUGAACGCCUUUGCCCGUCUCUUCCUUGAAGCAGGGCGAGUGGGUGGGCUUGGCAGCCUCCUGGUUCCCCCCCCCCUCCCCUGUAGAAAGUUCUCUCCCGCUCUCUUAGAAGCCCCUCCGGAUCCUGCUUGGCUUCACCAUCCGAUCUCUUCUUGCAAAGGUCGAAUAGUAAAAUAAAGCAAUUUGAAAUCCGAAAGGGAAAAAGGGGGAUUUUAAAAAAAAUCCGUCCAUGGUGGAAGCCAGAGAUAAGAAGUCAUGGGAACGGGCUUUUUCCUGCGGUAGACCUGACUCGAUCCAGACCUGGGGGGGUUGUUUUUUUUUUUAAUUUCAUUUUUUAAAUUUUAUUUUAAUUUCCUUCUCCUGACGAGGAUAGCUGAUCUAAUUAGGAUGCCGGGUUUAUUUUUUCCUUGUUAAACGAGACUAUUGUGACCUGUAACUUACCUUCAAAACAAAACAAAAAAAAAGGAAAUUUAAAUUAUGUGAAUUGAAUGUCUGGAGUAUAAUUUGUGCGAGAAUAGUAUCUGUAAAUACAUUUAAAUGAACUGUAAAGAUAUUUAAUAAAUAUAGUAUUUAUACAA